AUGACAAGUGUUGGUGAAACCCAUCCGUUUCCCGAUAUCGAAGAUCGCCAGAAGCUUGACAAUAUAUUCAUUCACGGCUCGUUGAAAUCUCUCGAGGAGCUGCCCUCUGACGACGCUGAAGAGGACGAUUACAGCAAUGAACGACUAGCGUACCUCGGAAGUACAAUGAUUAUGGCGAUGAUCACGGACAUCGUCUUUAGAGGAAUGCACGGCGUGAGCCGUAAGGAGCUCGACCGUCGGAGAACAUUUUUUAUUCGCAAGUCGUCUAUCGUGUGGUGGUCGGAUGCGUACGGGCUGGUGAAAGCUGUUCGAGCAGCGGGUCAUCAACAAUCAUCGCUCGCUUACAGCGAAAAUAUCAAGAUUCAACUAUUCCAGGCCUAUUUCGGACUCGUCUAUUUGCAAAACGGAUUUGUACCAACGCGGAAUUGGCUGGAGAAACUUAUGGACCUCACCGAGAACGAUUUACCGCCAGAACCAGACGUAGACGGUGCAGCGGAUGCCCUUGGUGCGACGUCUUUAGGCGAUCGUCCGUCUCCACGCACGACUCCGCCGGCCUCCCCUGUCCAACAACCAGGCAGGCCACCCAAAGACCCUGUACAGGCCUUCCAUGAGAAAUGCGCCAGGCGGAAGUAUGCAUGGGGUUGGAAGGAGUCAAAUCAGGGCCCGAGUCACGAGCCUAAAUUCACCGUGGCCAUCGAAGUUGAGGGCCACCCCGAGAUUGUGGGUGUGGGCACCGCUCGGGCGAAAAAGGCGGCUCAGAAGCUAGCUGCUCAGAUGGCCCUCGAUGGGCCAGCUUGGUAG